AUGGCCGAAACAAAAUUGAUUCCAGGGUUUCGGUUUCAUCCCACUGAUGUUGAGCUCAUUAUGUAUUUUCUCAAGAGGAAGAUUAUUGGUAGGAAGUUCCCUUUUGAUGUCAUUGCUGAACUUGACAUUUACAAGUAUGCUCCAUGGGAUCUUCCAGAUAAAUCUUUGCUCAAAACUGGGGAUUUGAAAUGGUACUUCUUUAGCCCUGUAGGAAAGAAAUAUUGCACUGGAGGGAGGAUGAAUCGAGCUACUGAAAUUGGGUACUGGAAGACUACAGGGAAGGAUAGAGCAGUUGAACAUAAGAAUCAAGUGGUGGGGAUGAUUAGAACCCUGGUUUUUCACAUUGGCAAAGCUCCUAAAGGAGACAGAACUGAUUGGGUAAUGCAUGAAUUCAGACUUGAAGACAAAGACUUAGCUGACAAAGGCAUUGCACAGAAUUCCUACGUGAUUUGUAGGGUAUUUCAAAAGGAGGGUCUUGGUCCCAGAAAUGGUGCCCAGUAUGGUAAACCGUUUAAUGAAAAAGACUGGGAUAGUGAAGAGGAAAUUGAUUGUUUGCAACCUGUCCCUGCUGCUGCUGUGUCUGCACCUUCUCCAUUUCUACCUAGCUCAAGCCAUAUUUCCGUAGCAAAUGACAUGCAUCCCUUGGUAAGUGGCGUUGGACUGAACUCUUUAUCAUGUGUAUCAAGAUCAAUGCCCUCUGGCUUGCCACACCCUUCAGCUCCAAGCAAUCAAGUUGAUGAUGACAUUUUAACCAUGCUUGCUAUUUUCAAAGACGAUGAUACAUUGGCAGGGAAUGAAAACAUUGGAUCUGAGAAGGUUGAUAAUCCUGGUCAGGCAAACAAUGCUGAAGGCGAACCUUAUUUAGAUCCAAAUGAGAUAUUCGGGGACUUGGGAGAUCUUCAAAGCUUGGUUGGAUUGGAUGAUGGAGAUGGCUUUUCCCAUGGCCAAAGAGAUGAAUAUACUAAAAAUGAAAUGCCUUCUACUGGUGGCGACGUCUCUUUGUUUUGUGACCCCCAUAAUAAUUACUUGGAGUUGAUUGACCUAGACGUGCCAUUGUUCUAG